AUGCGCCUCUUCCUGAUCCCCAUUUCAACCCGACGGGCGUUGAUCUACGCCCGUCCAUUACGCAAAGACACAGCGAAAGAACUCUCCAUGAUCGAUCGCGCCACAAGCAAAGCUGCAGAGACCUGGGCAAAGUGGGAGGAAGCAGAGAACGGGUGGAAGAAGCAUCUGGUGACCUGGGGCAAUCGAGUCCAACAACGUAUCCCCUUUGAGGAAUGGGGCCUCAAGAGCAUUCCUUCUCUCAACUCCCAGCGCCGAAUCGAUGAAGAACAUGGAAAUAAGCAGAUCGAUGUGCUAUAUCCCGGAAAUGCCGUGCGGUUGGAGCAAAUCCCAAUCAUCCUGCGCAAGAUCGCGACGGAAAGACAGGUCUUUCACAGAAAGAAGAUGUGGUGGAGCUUUGGCAUUGCGCCUCUUACAGCACCAUUUGCACUGGUUCCAGUGAUCCCAAAUAUUCCAUUUUUCUAUAUGGUAUACCGAGGAUGGUCUCAUUGGCGCGCAUUGAACGGCUCGCGACACCUUGAGUUUCUGGUUGAUAAGAAUCUUUUAAAACCUGUGUCCUUACCCGAGUUGGAGCAGCUAUAUGCCAAGCGUGCAUCGCGCGUACUGCACGCUACCCCGGUUGACGCCCCGCCCGAGGAGAUGGUUGAAGGCAUAGAGCAGAGUGAUGAUCGUCUCUUACUGAAGAUGUCUGAUGCUAGGAAGUUGGCUUCAAUAUUGGAGGCUCCAGAACUGGCACUGGAGGCUGAACGAGCCAUCAUUCAAGUCAGUGAACAGCUGGAUGCAGAGAAGAGGCAGCAGAAAGAGGCGCAAUCUAAUCAAAAGAAAAACUCCUGA